UAUCCUGUACAUUCCCAAAAUCAAUCUGUCUACUUCUGUUUUUGCAGUGAGAAUUAUGUUGUACCGUGAUGAUGGUAGCAGCAGCAGCACCUCCUGGAUCUAGUCUGGGCAUUUUAGUUACCUCCUGUCAUGUGAUGGCAGGGGGCAUGACAGCUCAUGCCUCUGUGUUGAUCUGUGUAUAUAGAAGAAGAAAACUUUGGGCUAUUUUAGCAAAAUUGGCAUGAGGGAAAAGAUGAAAGGCUAGGUCUUAAUUUUUAUAGGUCACUUUGUAUCUCCGUUUACUAUGCGAAUUAAUCUUACUGGUACAUGUAGUUUUGGCAACUCCUGAUACAAUCUGUUUCUCUCUUGACACUUUUUUGUGUGUAUGUUUCUAUACAUGAUAUUUCAGUGCAAGGACUGUCUUUUAUAAUCCUGCUUUUUUAAAGUAGUAUUUUUCACCAGUAGUUCAGCUGUUACCAAGCCCCUUACCAAAUGGCUAUUAAUCUAAAUUCAGCUUAUCUUAUAAUGGCAAGAACAAGGACACUCCUUAGAAGCCUACCUGUUCAUUUUACUUGUUUUCCAACCUCCUGGUGAAGUUUGUUGUUGUUCCAUCAACAGGACAGCAAAGUGAGAGAUUGCUCUACAUACUCUCAUUGCUGCAGACCUGUUUAUACCCAAAACUCUGACUCAGUACUGUUGGUGUCAACUCAGUCUUUCCCUGGCUUCAGGUUGUUCUGAAUCAGUCUAUAAACCUAAAAUUCAAAGCUUCUUCUAACAAAGAAAACAAAACCUUUUUUUUUUUUUCAGUUCCUAACAGAACUUGUGUUGUGGUUUAAGCCUGUUGUUCACGUCUAAUCAUGUUCACCAGUGAUCAUUCCAAGCAUCAUAUAUUAGAGUGAAAUUACCUAGUAUUCAAUAUUUCCUUGAUUGCAUUUGGUUCAUCAACAAUUACUGCAUUUAAAAAGGGCGGUGGCAUUCUGCCAUCCCUGCUCCCUCACUCUGCAAUUGGGAACAGUGCUUAGGAAGGGUUGUAAACGUCAUCCAGGUAGCUAAGGUAAUCCCUGGUAUUUAAGGAGGUGAGAAUAAACACUGGUCUUCUUUUAGGUGUGGACAGGUAUGAGAUAGGUUGGAUCAGACUACUCAAAAAAUUUGUAAAGCUGAGGACAUGUGUUUUGGAAGGUGUGCUAGAUGUGUUGGUUAUAAGUUGCUCAUCCUUGCCCUGCUCUGCAUCGUGGCCAACGUUUUACUUUAUUUUCCCAAUGGCGAAACAAGAUUUGCUUCAGAGCAUCACCUCGGCAAAUAUGUAGAGUGCCUUCAUGGCAUUCUAGGUGGAGGCUUUCUGGUACUUAUUCCAGCUGCAGUGUUCAUUGGGCUGCACAGUGGUGACUGCUGUGGGUGCUUUGGCCAUGAGGACUGUGGGAAGAACUGUGUGAUGCUGUCCUCAGUUCUGGCAGCCUUUGUUGGGAUCCUUGGCUCUGGAUACUGUAUAAUCAUUUCAGCACUGGGCUUGUCUCAAGGACCAUAUUGUUUUACCCACCUACAGAGAAACUGGAUCUAUCCUUUCACUGAUUCCUCUGGAGGGUACUUGUUUGAGUAUAAUAAGUGGUCGGAAUGUCAAGAACCUCAAAACAUUGUGCAGUGGAAUGUCACCCUCUUUUCCAUCCUCCUUGUCUUGGGAGGAAUAGAGUUCAUUCUGUGCUUCAUACAGAUAAUCAAUGGUAUUCUUGGAGGACUGUGUGGGUUUUGCCGCAGUCACGAGGAGCUGUGCCGUACGGUGUCUUUGUAUGUGAAGAAGCACUGUUUGAAAAAAAUAUCUGCAAGUUUAAAUGGACGUGGAAGGAGAGAAGGGGAAAAGAGGAUCCUCAAUGGAGUCAGAAGAGCAAAAUUUCCGAAGUUCUUGAGAGAUGGCUUUAGAGACGUGUGGAAGCUGUUUGAGUUGCCUGCUGAUACCUCUUGCACUUUGGAGUAUUGUUGUGAACAUCCUCCUGUACUUCCCGAAUGGGAAAGCUCUGCAUGCAGCCAGUUACCAGCUCCCCAACUAUGUGUGGUAUUUUGAAGGCAUCUGUUUCUCAGGUGUGAUGAUCCUUCUUUUGACAGUAAUUCUAAUAACACUGGAGUGUAGCGUGUUCUAUCGGUGUUGCCAGAGUGAGAGCUGUAACAAAACCUACAGA